UGUCUAUUAACCCCGAACCCGAAACUUUCCCAGAGCUUAUGAGAAAGUUCUCAGGUUAAUAACAGCGGCAUGCCUCUGAUACCUUGGGAAACUUUCACCCAUCAGAAGACAAGCAGCCGCCUAACCAUAAAGUGAAUGUCUCCUAUUGUUGUGAUGAGCCAACCCUCUGCUCUUGGAGUGUGGGAAAAGCAAUCCAGCACAAGCCACAUGGCUUUGUGAUGGAAAUGGCCGACUAUAAAUACAAAGCACUGACCCUCACACAGUCCCAAAACCAACUUUGCAGCCCAGGAAGAGACAGAGACCAGCAUGGCUCCACACUCAGUUAUACUUUCCACCUUUGACCACCAGAGAUUUACUGAUAAGGACAAAUUUAAGCUGAGAAAGCCAAUGGUAGAAAAGAUGCGCCGAGACCGCAUCAACAAUUGCAUCGAUCAGCUGAAGAAGCUGUUGGAGAAAGAGCUCUGCAGCCAAGAUCCAAACACCAAGCUGGAGAAAGCUGACAUCCUGGAGAUGACUGUCAGCUUUCUGAAGCAGCAGCAGAGGCUUCCGGGAGCACUGGCUCAGAGAGACUAUAACCAAGGCUACUCUCAGUGCUGGAGGGAGUCUCUGCAGUUCCUUAACAUCCACUCCAACAGAGGACAAUCGACCCAGGAGGUCCAACAGGUCCACCAGAGAUCCAGCACAGAGCUCAACCACAGGUUAUCUGUACACAGCUCCAAAGACUGCCAUGCUGCUCAACAACAACCCGGCAGGUCUGUCUGGAGGCCCUGGUAGAACCAUGGAGGAUUGACAAAACCUGAGGAAUAGUGAUUUUCAUGUUCCUCAAGAAAGUAGGAGAUAUUCAUUUCCAGGAUUUAAGUUUUGCCAUCAUAUUGAUUGGCGAAGCCUUGUGUUUUUUUGUGUCGUCAGUGAGACGAAAGACUUUAAAGACUGUGGCCUUAUUAGAUAUUAGAUAUAAUAUGGCUCUUAAUGUGAUGUUUCCUCCAUGUAUUAUUGUUUCUCAUUUUUAUUUUCUUCUUUUUAGUUUUAUUUUCUAGAGCAAAUGGUUUGUACAUGGUUUGUGUGAUGUCUGUGUAUUUAACUACAGUUUACUCCAGUGGAGUCUAUAUGGUAUGCAAAAUCAGAUCUAUGAAUUUGUGUUGUAUUUCCAGGUGUUUUGGAGAAUAUUUCUCAUUGUGCUGCGAGUGCAGCACAAUAUUUUAAAUUACAAUUAGGGGAACUUUAAUAAAGGAUCCACUCCAUUGUGUGUGUGUGUGUGUGUGUGUGUGUGUGUGUGUGUGUGUGUGUGUGUGUGUGUGUGUGUGGGCGCACACAUUGUACUUAACAUAUCUUGUAUUUUAACAUAUUUUUAUGAUUCCUUUUGUAUAGGCAAUCUCUUAUAUCUUUUAAUAAAAUGUUAUUUUUCAAAUAAAAUAUCCACUCUCUGGAAUUCAUUUUAUAUCUAAUGUUUUCACCAUUUAUUGACGUCUAUUACCUUAAUACCUCUUUUUAAAACAAAACAUUUGGUUUUGUAGGAUUGACAUUUUACUUCAGUUCAAACCUCGGCUAGACCUAUUGCAUUUUAAAGAAAACAAGUCUAAGGACUACAU